GAAAAAAUAAAUCGCAUAUUUCGGUGGAGCUGUUCAAUUUUACCUUGUACAUAUCUUGAAGUAGAUUUUUAUCCCAAAUUAUGUUGACAAGUUACCGGAUAUUUGUUUGAGUGGAAGUUGAAGAGAAUAUAGUUUUUGGAAAUGGAAAUUUACGGAAAUUUCCCAUUUUGGGAAUCACUCCAUUGUCCACCAAGUCCGAGCUCAUUUAAUACAAAACUGCGAUCGUACCGUGGGCGUGAGAGUCCAAUCGAAACCGAAGUAACGGAAAAAAUGGUAUCAAUACCGGUGAAUUGUACUUGCGAAGUGCAGCGCAGGCGUGAGAGACUCCCAUCAGUCGCAUCCCUCGCUGAAGCUCGUCCAAUGCAGUACCUUUUUGCCAGCCCUCCUUUCCAUAUCCCUCACGAUGUUUCAAGAUUCUCUCAGGAGAAUAUCGUCAACCAGAGAGAUGGACUUUGGUGGUAUUAAACCUAUAAAAUACACGCGCUGGCUUCUCACAAUAGUCGGCAUCUGGCCAACAAUUAAAAGACACUCAACAGCUAAAGACCAAAUCGUAGCUAUUCUUCUCCGAAUUGUUUGCUACAUACUCGCUUUUUUCGCUAUGAUACCAGGACUUUAUCACAUGUUUUUUCGUAAAACCACGAGUAUGAAGGAUAAAGUGGCUCUUAUCGGCCCUGUGGGCUUUUGGGUGAUGGUGACGAUAAAAUAUACCAUCAUGAUCUACCGCCAGAGAGGCAUUAAAAAGUGCAUCGAACAUAUUGAAAGCGAUUGGGAGAGGAUUUCCAAACAUGAGGAGUACGAAAUUCUCGUGAAAAAUUUUUUGACAGGCAGAAAAAUAACCAUUAUAUGCGCGUCAUUCAUUUACACCGGUGGAUUAUCCUAUCAUACGGUGGUACCAUUUGUGAUAGGAAGUGCUGUUACCACAGAGCGAGAGGAUCGGCCACUGAUUUUUCCCGGUUAUGAUGCUGCUUUCGACGUUUAUGCCACACCAGUCUAUCAUUUUGUUUUUUUAUCCCACUGUGUUGGAGCUUUCGUCAUGUACACUGUCACCAUCAUUGGCUGUAAUCUUGCUGCCAGCUUUGUAACACACGCUUGCAGUCAACUGGAGAUUAUCAUUUUGAAGCUCAAUGGAUUGGUUGACCAUCGCUACGACUGCAGUGACUCAUUGAAGUGCAAGCUCAAGUCCAUCGUGCAGGAUCACGUGAGAGUACAGCGAUUUCACAGAUAUGCUGGGGAUAUUGAGCUAGUCCUGCGUGAAAUAUGUCUCGUAGAGAUUUUAACAUCGGUUAUAAUCAUUUGUUGGUUAGAAUACUCCGUUCUAAAGGUAGAUACAAUUGCAAUGAAAUUUUUGAAGCAGGCAAAGCAGCAUUUUUUUUCAUGGAAAAUACUGGAAUUAAUUUCAGACGUGGGACGAGAGUGA